CCCCGUUGAACGGCGACUGGCACUGCAAAUGAGAGCCUCCGGCACCACGCGACACCAGCAACCCCGGCCGGCCCUCACCGGCAUUCGAUAAUGGCCGCGCCGACGACGAGCAUGGUCGCCGUGGACGAGGCCGUUGUCGUCAAGGUGGCCGAGGACGGCCUCACCGCAGGUUGGACCGAGACGGCCAACGCGAAUAUCAGGAGAAACGAUGACGGCGGCAACGACAAGAACGUUGGGGACAAGGAGCAUGACGACCCCAGCGCAGCGUCUCCGACAUCGUCCUCGCGGCAGGAGCGCAAGGGCGACGACUCUAGCUUCAAGUACUUCAUGCGCGUCUUCACGUACAACGACACCAAGGGCUGGUUCAUGAACGCCGUCGCCCUCGUCUGCAUGAUCGCCGCCGGCACCGUCCUGCCCCUCAUGGACAUUGUCUUUGGCAAGUUCAUCAACGUCUUCAACCGCUUCGUCACGGGCGACCUGACGCCCGAUGGCUACAUGGAUGAGGUCGGCAAGUACACCCUCUACUUUGUCUACCUCUUCAUCGCCAAAUUCGCCCUCACGUAUGCCUGGACCAUCUUGGUCAACAUCACCGCCAUCCGUACCACCAAGAAAUUGCGCGUCGACUUUGUCCGCCAGACGCUGCGCCAGGAGAUCUCCUUCUUCGACGCCCCCUCGUCCUCUGUGUCGGGCCAAAUAACCACAAACGGCAACCUCGUCAACAACGGCAUCUCGGAAAAGCUCGGCCUCACCGUCCAGGCCGUCUCCAGCUUUGUCGCCGCCUUCGUCGUCGCCUUUGCCGUCCAGUGGAAGCUCACCCUCAUCCUCCUCGCCAUCGUGCCUGUCAACCUCGUCGUCACCGUCUGGUGCGUCAUCGAGGACACCGUCCUCGAAUACCGCAUGUUUGACAUUUACUCGGAGAGCGGCUCCCUUGCCGAGGAGGCUUUCGCCACCAUCCGCACCGCCCACGCCUUCUGGGCCUUUCCCAAGCUCGUUGAGCGCUUCGGCGCCAUCCUCGAGCGUGCACGGCGCGUCGGCAAGCGCAAGAGCCUCAUUUACGCCAUUCUCUUCCCCGUCGAGUUCUUCUGCGUCAUUGCCGGCUACGCCCUCGCCUUCUGGCAGGGCAUUCGCAUGUACUCGACCGGCGAAAUUGAGCAGCCCGGCACCGUCGUCACCGUCAUCUUCGCCGUCCUCGUCGCCGCCCAGGCCCUCACCCAGAUCGCGCCCCAGACUAUUGCCAUCUCCAAGGCCACCGCCGCGGCCCAGGACCUGUUUGCCGUCAUCGACCGCCGCUCUGCCAUUGACUCGCUCUCCACCGAGGGGACCCGCAUCCCCAACUUCAGGGGCGACAUCAAGCUGCGCGGCGUCCGGUUCUCGUACCCGUCCCGUCCCGGCGUGCCCGUACUGCACGGCCUCGACCUCGACAUCCCAUCGGAUAAGACGACGGCCCUUGUGGGUGCCAGCGGCUCCGGCAAGAGCACCAUCUUUGGCAUGCUGGAGCGUUGGUACUCCAUCUCUGCCGGCUCCAUCACGCUUGACGGCCACCGCCUCGAGGACCUGAACCUCCAGUGGCUGCGAACCAACAUUCGACUCGUCCAGCAGGAGCCUACCUUGUUUAGCGGGACAAUAUACCAGAAUGUCGUGGACGGGCUGACGGGGACGGACAUGGUGGAGCUCGACGACGACGGGAAGCGACGUCUCGUUCGUGAAGCUUGCCAGGCUGCGUAUGCCCACGACUUUAUCGAGGAUCUCCCCAAGGGCUACGAGACGUACAUUGGCGAGCGCGGCGCCUCCCUCUCCGGCGGGCAGAAGCAGCGCAUCGUCAUUGCCCGCAGCAUCAUCUCCAACCCCAAGGUCCUGCUCCUCGACGAGGCCACCUCCGCCCUCGACCCCAACGCCGAAAAGAUUGUGCAGGCGGCCCUCAACAACGUCGCCAAGGGGCGCACCAUGGUCGUCAUUGCGCACCGCCUCAGCACCAUCCGCGACGCCGACAACAUCGUCGUCAUGUCCAAGGGCGAGACGAUCGAGUCGGGCACCCACGCGGAGCUCAUCGCCCAUGGCGGCGCCUACGCCCGACUCGUCCAGGCCCAGGACCUGAGCAAGGGCGGUGGCGGUGGCAACGCGGCCGAGGACGGCGACGUGGACAGUGACGAGGAACGGGGCAAGCCACCUGCGGAUCUAGACGUGGCGCUGACGCGGGCCUCGACGACGGGCACCAUCCCCAGCGCAAAUGCCAAAGCGGACGAGAAAGGCUUUGGCCUGCUGCACGGGCUGUUUCUCAUCCUGAGGGAGCAGCGGUCUCUGUGGUGGCCCAUGGCGGUGACCAUGGUGUGCUGCCUCAUCGGCGGCGGGACAUACCCGGCGCUGGCUGUGCUUUUCUCCAAGACGAUGCGCUCGUUCGAGACCAUCGACGUGAGCAGGGGCAACUUCUUUGCCCUCAUGUUCUUUGUGGUCGCUCUGGCCAACUUUGUGGCGUACUUUAUCGCGGGAUGGCUGGCAAACAUCCUGGCGCAGACAGUCAUGAAGUUUUACCGCGGCGAAAUCUUCGACAACACGCUCCGGCAGGACAUGACCUUUUUCGACCACACUGAUAACUCGACCGGGGCGCUUGUGUCGCGGCUCGCGUCAGAGCCGACGUCGCUGCAGGAGCUGCUGUCUAUGAAUGUGGCGCUGCUCGUCAUCAACGUCGUCAACCUGGUAUCGUCAUCGGUGCUGGCCAUCGCCGUGGGGUGGAAGCUGGGCCUGGUGCUCGCGUUCGGGGCGCUACCCGUGCUCGUGGGCGCGGGCUACGUGCGGAUCCGGCUCGAGUUCAAGUUUGAAGACGACACGGCAGGUCGCUUUGCGCAGAGCAGCGGCGUUGCGGCCGAGGCCGUCAUGGGGAUCCGCACCGUGUCGUCGCUGGCGCUCGAGCGCGCCAUCGUCGAGCGCUACGAGGAGCGGCUGAGGGGCAUCGCGGGCGCCGCCAUCGGCAGCCUCGGGUGGAAGAUGUUCUUCUACGCACUCAGUCAAUCCGUGUCCUUUCUCGCCAUGGCGCUGGGCUUUUGGUACGGCAGCAAGCUUGUGUCGACGGGUGAGUACUCGACGGACCAGUUCUACACCGUCUUCAUCGCCGUCGUCUUCUCGGGCGAGUCGGCCGCGAUGCUAUUUCAGUACACGACGAGCAUCACCAAGGCCCGGGGCGCCAUCAACUACAUUUUCCGCCUGCGUCGCCAGCGGCUACUCUUUGACGCGCCCUUUGACGAUGAGGGCAGCGGCAGCAGCAGCAGCAAUGAUGCCGUGGACGAAAAGGAGACGACGGCCACCGCCAGCGCCAAGGGCACCGAGGUCGUCUGCGACGCUGUCGAGUUCUCGUACCCGCUGCGGCCCAAGAUCAAGGUGCUCCGGGGCAUUGACGCCACCAUGCGGCCCGGCAAGAUGGUGGCGCUCGUCGGGGCGUCGGGGUGCGGCAAGUCGACCAUGAUUGCGCUGCUGCAGCGCUUCUACGACGUGACGUCGGGCGAGCUGCGGGUCAACGGCGCCGACAUCAAGACGCUGGACCGGUGCCGCUACCGGCGCGACGUGGCGCUUGUGCAGCAGGAGCCGGUGCUGUACCAGGGCUCGAUCCGCGACAACGUGUCGCUGGGCGUGGAGCGCGGCGAGCCGUCGGCGGCGGAGGUCGAGGCUGCGUGCCGCGCCGCCAACGUCUGGGACUUUGUCGCGAGCCUGCCGGAGGGACUCAACACGCCGUGCGGCAACCAGGGCCUCUCGCUAUCGGGCGGCCAGCGGCAGCGCAUCGCCAUCGCGCGCGCCCUCGUCCGCCGGCCCAAGAUGCUGCUGCUCGACGAGGCCACGUCGGCCCUCGAUACCGAGUCGGAGAGGGUCGUCAAGGAGGCGCUCGAUCGCGCUUCAGCCGGCCGGACCACCGUGGCCGUGGCCCAUCGCCUGAGCACCGUGCGCGACGCCGAUGUCAUCCUCGUGUUUGCCAAGGGCCGCAUCGUGGAGCGCGGCACGCACGACGAGCUGCUCGACCAGCAGGGGUUGUAUUACGAGAUGGUGUUGGGGCAGUCGCUCGACCGGGAGGCCGCUUAAGGCCUGGUUCCUCUGAUGCGUAUUGGCGACGGGGACGUUGCUGUCGUGGACAAGAGGGCGUGCGUUGAUAGACUCACGAUGGUUGGCGUUGGCGUCUUGGGAUAGAAUCAAAUGCAGGGUAGCACGUGCAUCUCGCCUCCAUGUGCAAACUUCACUCAUAUACUUAGUCCUCACACACAUACAGAUACCACAUACACAUCAAAGGCGUUUAGGGCAUUUAAAAUGUAUUUUUACCUAAGACACUACCAUCUCUCC